CAUAAACAAUAAAAAACCCGCUAGCAUUUAAAAAUUAAGUAUACCUAAUAAGGAAUGGUUUUAAAAACCGGAAGCUUGCUAAUGUCGUUUUCGUUUUUGCGGCGGUGCUAUAGUUUAUAACUUAAAUAUUAGUUCAAUUCGCGUGUGAUGUUCAGCACCGCCGAGCAGUUGAAACGUCGCACACCGAAAGACGGCAUCAACCGGAGAGAAUACAUCACCCUACUGGUGGACGAGUAUUACGAAACAUCUAACCUUGAAGCUCAACAGCAGGUAACGGCCAACCUAGCGAACUUCGCAUACGACCCCAUCAACUGGAACCAUCUCAAGCAGGCGAAAGCUCACGAACUGUUCGUUGAGAUAUUGACCGGUUCGGUGGUGGAUCCGGCCUUACUGGUUCAUGCAGCGGCUGGAAUCUGUAACAUCUGCCUAGACGGCCAAGUGACGGAAUACUUGAGACUUGGUGGAACCCUGAAACAGAUUCGGGCUUUGAUUGAGCGUUAUCCGACCAGGGGAGAACUGGUGGGUCACCUGCUGACGCUAUUGGUCUACGUGAACCGGGACUCGUUGGAAGGCGAUUUCCGAUCGGUUUUGGUAACAUUGAAGCAGGGAUCGAACAAAUCGGUGUCCAAUUUGGCAACGGUUCUGCUAGGGGCAAUGCGGCUGAUUCUUCAGUUUAGACGGUUACUGAGCAGUAGCUUUUCCACUGGUCAGGUUUUUAGUUCCAGUCGGGUGUUCCGGCGAGAGGAUUUGCAGAAGUUUGCGGAGUUCACCGGAGAUAGCAAUCCGAUACACAGGAGGGAUGACCAGAGCUUCGUAAAUGGAGCGUUGUUGAAUGCAACGACAGCCGGGAUCAUUGGGAGCAAUUUUCCGGGUUAUGUGGUAACAUCGCAAGAAUUCCGGUUUCCCAAUCGAUGCCGGGUGGACGAAGAAGUUGAAUUUGAGGUCAAAGUUGAGGGACUGAGAAAGAUUGUAAACGUUUCGUACGAAUGCAAACAAGGCGAGCAAACGGUUUUCGAGGGGAGGGCGAAGUUGUUUGCCGUGGAGGGGGGUAGUUAGUAUUUACAGAAUAGAAUGUUGUUUUAAUAAACAAUCGCUCUCGUGGCAACAAAGUGACUCAA